AUGGAACUUGCAAACCAAGUUCAGUCCAACGAUGCCGGACCUGCCUCGAGAAAGAAAAAAGGUGAGUAUAUGCAAUGGACGCCGGAACAGGAUGUUUCUUUGAUCGAGGCCAUGCUAGAGCUAACUCAAUCACGAGAAACUGAAGGCGGAAGCUGCAGUGGCUUUGGUUGGGAUGAAAGCAGGAAGCGUGUGAUUGCUGACAAUGAUGUGUUCAAUGAAUGGAUUAAGAGUCAUCCAGGCUGCAAAGGACUGAACAAAAAACCAUUCCUAUACUUUGACCAGCUAGCCAGAAUUUUUGGGAAAGAUAGGGCAAUGGGUGGCCAGGCACAAACAUCAGUUGACAUUAGGGAAACCAGAGCUGACCAGAAUGGGGAACCUUGUGUUAAUUUGGAUGUUGAAACAACCCAACGUAUCCUAGAGGAUAUGGUCCAUGAUGAGGUUGAUCCCAGGACUCUACUCAGUGAUGAAGCUGAUACUAGUAAAAUGCAGCCUAGAACAUCAACUGGAAGCAACAAAAAGCCAAGACAUGAGAGAAAUGAAGCAUUCAUAACUGCAGUGACAGCUGAGAUUGGCAAAUUGCAGCCUAUGAUGGAACAAACAGCUACAGACGUUCACAGGAUUGCCAAUAGCUUUUGCAUGGAGGAUGAUCUGAUUUCUAGGCGUAGGAGUUUGUUUGAGGAGUUAUCCAAAGUUGAAGGCCUUACAAGAAACCAGGUCUUAAAAGCUUCAAUCGCAUUAGUGAAGGAUGUUAGCCUUGCUGAUCUAUAUUACCAACUCCCAGCAGAAGAUCAAUUGAGCUUUCUCCUGGAACUCAUCCGUUGA